GGCUGUAAAAAGGGAAGGAUUUUUCUGUGCGGAGACGAAGCACGAGAGAUGCAAAGAUUAAUCGGCCAUUUUCCAUCAGCAUCAGCAGCGCAUCAUCAUUUCCACGAGCGAAAGUAUGAUUUUGAAUAGAUUUUGAAUUCGGUUUCCCACAAUUAUACAGACGUACCUAAGCGCAAGUGCAGUGUGUGAAAGCAGCAGGACUGAAAGUGCAAUUAAUUAAGAGAAACAAAUUACUAUACUUGCCAGAGCGGUUUACAGCACGGUACAAAAAUGAGUGCAGUUGAUGAAAGAACGAUUUAUGCAAAGCUUGAAGCGAUGAAAGAUAUCCGCUCAAAAACGCUCCAGCUGGAGAAGCUGAAGCUGAAAAUCAUUCGCGAGGUGGAGAAUGGCGAUGCGGAAGAGAAGUGUCUGUCCGAAUAUCGGCGGGAGCUGGAGCUGCUCAUGCAGGAAAAGAUGAGCCAUGUGGAGGAACUGCGUCAAAUUCAUGCCGACAUCAAUGCUAUGGAAACUGUUAUUAAGCAGGCCGAGGAAAAUCGUAUUCGUUCGAUUAAUAUGGCUAAUCGCAUACACGAAGAGUACGUCCCGCUGAAAACCGAGGUUGAUUCAAUGCGGCGUGAUUACUUGGGCCUGGAAAGACUGCCGGAACUGCACGAAGAGGAAGGAACUACCAUUUCUCCGGACCGCUUCCAGAACUACUACGCUACGAACAAACCAUUGUCGGCAGCAUCCGCCACAUUCACCCGGCCACCGUUAUCCGCCCAUCAUCCGUUGCCGCCCGAUGCACCCGCCACCUCGUUGCCACCUUCGGCACCGCCCGGAUUUCUUCCUCCACCACCGGUUGCCAUGCGUAUCAACAAACCGCCGGAACUUCCGACAAACCGGCUGCAACAGGCACCGUCCACGAUUGGCAUCGGUCAUCCGACAUUCAGGUCUGAUUUCAAUGUGAAUUUAAGCAGACAGCAGCCGCCUCCGAUGAAGUCGUGUCUUUCGUGUCAUCAGCAGAUUCAUCGCAAUGCACCGAUAUGCCCACUAUGCAAGGCCAAAAGCCGCUCGCGCAACCCCAAGAAACCGAAAAAGAAGGACCAUUAAUUGGUUUCAAAAGUACGCAAAGGCUUUGGACAAGAAAGUGCUAGCUACUUUCAUCUACAUCUUCCAUAACACGAUGGGUUAAUAUUUACUGCAAACGGUGUAGUUCAGUACAGUGUCGGCAUCAAGAUAGAAGGCCAUAGGUUUGUAAGCAUACUUUGCAUUUUUCGUAGAAUGGUAAGAAUGAUGUAAUUACAUACAAUUUUAUGUAGCGCAUUUGGAUAGUUUAGCGAUUUUGUGAACGUUGUGUCGCAUAAUCAAAAUCUCAACAAAAAAAAAUUAAAAGCAAGUCGUAGAAUUAAGUUUCAAAAGUAUCAUUAAA